AAAUUAGAAAUAUCUGGUUUUGACUUAAUUCAAACUUGAUUGCGACAUUCGUCAAACAAGGUUUUAAAUAAAAUUCAGGGAGUUAAGCUUGAAUGGACACUGUAUCUAUUAUAUUAGACCAAUAUCAGGCCAAAAAUUGAGGUCUUAGUUCACUUCAUGCACUCAUGAGGCUAUGUACGUUAUGCAUUAUUCGUUUAUGCAUAAUAGAUAAAAGACGAUAUAAUCACUGUAUAUCUAUACAUUUUAACGUGUAUUCCAUAAGACUGAUGAUUGAGAUAGUAUGUGUAUUCGCACUUGGUGUAUUCAGUAUUCUACUUCGAGUUGUCAUUAUAUUGUUCGUGUAUAUCAGUGUAGUGCGUUUGGCAGCUCAUUCAAAACACUUAAGUUUUGAUUUUAUGUAUUUUAUUGAAUAAUUGGACGCCACAUGAGAAUGUUGAUUAUAAUCUGGUACCAGCAAAUCGGUGCACAGUGACUUAUGUUUCAUGUAAACCGCAUGAAUAAAUAUCGAGACACGUUGGGUUAUCUAUUUUAUUUAGUAUUAGUAAAAGACUGUUCAGUGUGGAGAUGAACAGUUCUGAUAAUUUAUGUAAUCUAAAGAUAUCUUAAAGAUUGAGAUGCUAUUAGUUUCUUGGUGGAAAUUAAAUGAAAACUACCUGUAGUAGGUUCUAGAGUUAUAAGAAGAAAUCAUAAAACAUGGACUGUAUUCUUCCUUUCGUGUGAUCAAUUAGAAGGAUAAGCUUAAUGGAUAUUUUCAACGUUAAAUAUCUUACUCAUGACAACAGAAAGAAAAUCGGAAAAUGAGCAACAAGGAAUACUCAUCAAAUUCGGUCAAUGUUUCGCUUAAGCAGAUUAAUCAGUGUUGUUACAUAAUCAAAAAAAAGAACAUGUUGUUUUUAUGCUCGAAUACAAAUAUCUUCAACAGUAGUGCUUUAUCAAUCCUGCACAUAUCCGGAAUAGUUUGACAGAAUUCUUCCUUAGUUCAAGCAUAAUCCGUCGACGAAUGUAAGCAAUAUGGAAAAAUUGACGAUAUUUAAAGUAUGUGAUGCUACGCGUAAAACCCGCCACGUUGUACCUGCAGUUGGAAAUAUUUCUAGUUUGCUAGAACAAGGAUCACGUACUUUCAAGAAAGAAUUUAAGCAAAUUGUGCUCGAGGAGGAUGGCUGCCAAAUAACUAGCAAUCUGGCUCUUAAUGCUUUCACAAGUGGUUUAAUGAUGCUGCUUGCUCAUGGUGAAAUGUGGACACCGAAUAUAACAUUUGCCACAACGAAUGAAUCUUGCAGUCAACCAGAAGCGUGAAAGUGUUCUUGGAUAUCUAGGAUUACUUUCAGUUCCUGAAAUGUUUGUAACGCUCGUACCUUUCUAAAAUGCCCUUUAAAAAAAUUCAAAGAAGAGUUAGUGGUCCGGGAUCCUACUGUAAUAACUAUCUGCAAAACAGCCAGGAAAACUCGGAGUUUCUACAAGUAUAUCAAAAUCAGCUUCACCAGUCGUCAGUGAACGUUGGAUAUAGUAACAUAGCUUACUGUAGCAACAAUAGUAAUCAAUAUAGUGCAAUUAAAGGUGACUCUGCAGCCACUACACGAGCAGAUAAACCGGGACUUCGUGCAGCCGAGUGUGUAAAGGCUAACAAUGCGUACAAUCAUUUGGAUAAAGCGUCAUCGGUUCCAGAUGAAAAUAAUCUUAACUUUAACCUUGUAAAAAACAGCGCAAAAUCUUUAUCUACCAACAACUGUAGUGGUGUCAAUAAAAGUGUUGUACAAACCGGAAAUAAUAGUGGCGAUUGUCAUACAAAAUAUUACAAAAAUGAAAACAGCAACAACUUCAAUUCCGCACCAAAUAAUAACUUUGCUGGAAACCAGCAUAUGUUAUGUGAAUCGUACGACAACUCAAACAAUAGCGUAAGAAAUUCUCCACUAUUCCAUGGAUGUAAAGGUAUUCAACCAGCACAUUCAUUGAAUAAUUCAAACAAGCCUUCUUUAAACAAAACCGCAUUAUUAAGUUCAUGCCAGGGAUCGUUCCAUUCUUUACAAGGUGGUCUAAGUUUAGAUAACAGUACGUAUGUGCAACAGAAUGGAAGUGGUAAAGCAUCCACAAAUUCUUCGAUAAAUACAACUGCGUUUGGAAGUUCACUGCAACACUCAAGUAAUUUAUCACAUCUUCAUAAUCAACUUUCACAACAUCGGCAAGGAAACUCGGCAGCGCUACCUGAAUCAUUGAAUACUAGCAGUACUAUAGUUUUUAAUAGAUCAAGAAUUAACAGUAACAGUGAUUCAUGUAAUAGUAAGAACAACAACUUUAGCAAACUUAACUUGGAUAAAAAAGGCUCUAGCUCUGGUGCUAAUAUAAAUAUAUAUAAUAAUAAUCGUAACAGAAGCAAUAAUAGUAACACAAUAAAUAUCAGCAGUAGCAGUAGUAGCAAUCACCAAAGUGAAACCAAUCAAUUGAGGAGUAUUAUCGAACUGAAUGCACACGUUAAUGAACUUAAUAGUAAAAAUAUUGAGUUUAACAGGCAACUAAGUGCACCUACUGAAAACAACAAUAAUCAGAACAACCCAAACUGCUACAGUAACAGUGUGUACAAUCUGUAUUCGAAUCACAUCCUGAGUCAAUACUAUUCAGGUUCACCCAACACAAACAGCCUAAAUAGAACAAAGAAAAAGAGGAGCUUCAAGCUGAAUGGAAGAUUAUUCAACGCCGCCAGUACGGAUUCUAUAAGGUUUCACUCGAAUCUUAUAAAUCAAAAUGAAAACGAUUUAAGAGUAUCGAUUGAUAACACUUGUACAGAUUCAUUAGUAACAGCAUUGGAUGACGAAGCAUUGUUAAUUAAUGAUUACAUAAAUGACAUGGCGAAAUCAAAGGUUCAUUUCGAUGACGUUUCCCUUUAUGGGACACCAAAGGAAGAGCCGCUUCCAAACAUACCACCAUCAACUGAAAAACCCUCAUCGAAUUUUUUGAAGAACCAGCUCCAAGCAUGGUUUCAGCCGACAGACAAUCGACUUGCUAUGAAGCUUUUUGGUAGCAAAAAAGCUUUAGUGAAGGAAAGGAUAAGACAAAAAACCUCUGGGCAUUGGGUAAUUCAUCCAUGCAGUUCUUUUAGGUUUUAUUGGGAUUUGUGUAUGCUACUAUUACUUGUAGCCAAUUUAAUAAUUUUACCCGUCGCCAUAUCAUUUUUUAAUGAUGACCUCAGCACGAGAUGGAUUGCCUUCAACUGUUUAAGUGAUACGAUAUUUUUAGUUGACAUUGUAGUCAAUUUUAGAACAGGCAUUAUGCAACAAGAUAACGCCGAACAAGUGAUAUUAGAUCCUAAGCUUAUCGCAAAACAUUAUUUGAAAACAUGGUUUUUUCUUGAUUUGAUUUCAUCGAUACCGUUAGACUACAUUUUCCUCAUAUUCAACCAGAUUCAAAAGAAUAAUCAGGACUUUUCUGAUUCAUUUCAAAUUCUUCACGCUGGAAGAGCUUUGCGUAUACUCAGAUUGGCGAAGCUUUUAUCUUUGGUGAGACUACUGAGGCUUUCUCGCUUAGUGCGAUAUGUCUCUCAAUGGGAGGAAGUAUAUUUUCUGAAUAUGGCCUCCGUUUUCAUGCGGAUAUUCAACCUUAUCUGUAUGAUGUUGUUAAUAGGACACUGGAGUGGAUGCUUGCAGUUUUUAGUUCCGAUGCUACAAGGAUUUCCAUCAAAUUCAUGGGUAGCAAUAAAUGAACUACAGGAGUCCUACUGGUUGGAACAAUAUUCAUGGGCUUUGUUCAAAGCGAUGUCUCAUAUGCUCUGCAUAGGAUAUGGAAGGUUUCCACCUCAAUCCCUGACCGAUAUGUGGUUGACAAUGCUUUCCAUGAUAUCUGGCGCAACAUGUUACGCUUUAUUCUUGGGACAUGCAACAAACUUAAUUCAAAGUUUAGAUUCCAGUAGACGUCAGUAUAGGGAAAAGGUGAAGCAAGUCGAAGAAUAUAUGGCAUACAGAAAACUACCUAGAGAUAUGAGACAAAGGAUCACCGAGUACUUUGAACAUCGAUAUCAAGGAAAGUUCUUCGACGAAGAAUGUAUUUUAGGAGAACUUAGCGAGAAACUAAGAGAAGAUGUGAUAAACUACAACUGUAGGUCUUUGGUUGCUUCAGUGCCUUUUUUUGCCAACGCUGAUUCUAAUUUUGUAUCAGAUGUAGUAACUAAAUUAAGAUAUGAGGUGUUUCAACCUGGUGAUAUUGUAAUCAAAGAGGGAACAAUAGGAUCAAAAAUGUAUUUUAUUCAAGAAGGAAUCGUUGAUAUAGUAAUGGCAAAUGGAGAGGUUGCAACGUCAUUGUCGGAUGGUUCUUAUUUUGGAGAAAUAUGUCUACUAACAAAUGCUAGACGAGUUGCAAGUGUUCGGGCUGAAACUUAUUGCAAUUUGUUUUCGCUGAGUGUUGAUCAUUUCAACGCUGUUCUGGACCAAUACCCUUUGAUGAGGAAAACGAUGGAAACUGUUGCAGCUGAGAGGCUAAACAAAAUUGGGAAAAAUCCCAAUAUUAUGGCUCACAAAGAAGAAUCCGAGUCAGCCAAUGCAGAAACUAAUCAAAUCAGUGCUGUGGUAAACGCGUUGGCCGUUGAAGCUGAAAAUAAUUUAAAUAACCUUAGUGAUGGAAGCGGAAGUUUGAACAAAAUUCACUCUGAUUUAAGUUUGGCGGAGUUAAAUCAAAAUUUACGCAUGAGCUUACCUCGGCCAAAAAGUGGAGAUUUUAGAGCUCUUUUCGAAGGUAGUCCUUAGGAAAUCAACCACUCUCUCUGGAAUUGACAAAUACUCUUCUAUAAGGUACAAGUGAGAUAUUACAAAUAAAACUUAAUUUACAUAAACUAA